AUGUUACCGACCCCUUAUGUAAAAUGCGACUACACCAAAGUGUACGAGCCUGCCGAGGAUAGCUUCCUCUUAUUAGAUUGUUUAGAGAAAGAACAGGACUUCUUAAAACAAAGAUUUAGUUGUCGUUUGACCAUUGUUUGUGAGAUUGGCUCCGGAUCGGGUAUCGUUACAACAUUUUUGAUGCAAAAUGGGAUAAUACCGCAAGAAAACUCUAUUCACUUAGCUGUGGAUAUCAAUCCAUGGGCGCUCGAAGCAACCUUGGAUACGGCAAAGUUGAAUUCAUGUCAGAACUCUUUCUUGGAUGUGAUUCAAAUGGAUUUGAAUUCUAGUCUUCGAAAUAACCAAGUUGAUGUCCUUAUAUUUAAUCCCCCGUAUGUACCAGCAGAAUGCGUGCCAGAUGUUCCAGGGUCAAGGGAGGAAGCAGAUCAAUGGCUCGAUUUAGCAUUAUUGGGCGGAAAAGAUGGAAUGGCGAUUACUGACAAACUGUUACAAAAAUUAGAGCAAAUCCUUUCUCCAGAUGGUAUUGCUUAUAUCUUAUUCUGUGCAAGAAAUAAUCCUGAAAAAGUCAUUCAAAAAUUUCGUAAGGCUUACGGAUGGAAUGUAAAAUUAGUUGAAACGAGAAAGGCGGGAUGGGAAGUUCUUAGCGUUUAUAGUUUUACAAGAUGA